GGGCCUUCGAAAUUCUCUUUUAGUUGCAUCUGAGCAGGGCCCGAACCGUUGAACUCUGUUUCUUCCUGCAUGAACAAUCGGCACCUCCCCCUUGGUCAACACCGCCUAAAAUAAUGCAGCGUUCAAUUAUCAGAUACAGAUGGAGCUGUUAUUCAUGAAACGACACCAAAUCAUUUUACAGUGGCAAAUCAGAGACGCUUAAACCUAUCACAUUCUUCAACAAGGUGUCUACACCAGUUCCCGAUCUCUACCAAGCGAACAUGCGGCAUUUUCGUCUCCAUCCCCUCGUCCGUAUCUCCGUAAGCCGACCACUCUCCAGCUCAUCGUCAUCGUCUUCAUCGUCAGAGAUGGACGAGGGCUUCGUGAAGAUCCUCCUCGAUAUCGUCUUCUCGAAGCACCAGAGCUGGCUUACCGCUCUCUCCAGCCCUUUUAUCUCCUCCCGCCUCCAGCCGCGCCACGUCGAGCUCCUUCUUCUCCAUAUUUCUGAUCAACCUCGCCUCGCCCUCCGCUUCUUCAAUUUUCUCGGCCUCCAUCUCCGCUUUCCCCACUCCCCCCUCUGUUUCUUCAUUCUCGUCCACUCCCUCCUUCGCUCUGGACUGCAUUGGCCUGCCUCCUCCCUCCUCCAAUCUCUCGUCUCCCGCCCUACCUCCCCCGCCGAAGCAUUUUACUCUUUCUCCUUUUCAUUCCAUGCCUGCGCCGCCUCCUCUUCCUCGGCACUUGACUUCCUCAUCGAAGCUUACAUCCAAGCCCGGCACGUCCUCGACGCCCUCGCCAUCCUCAGGCUUUCCAUGUCAGCUGGAAUGAUCCCAGAGGUGCGUACAUUCAGCGACCUCAUCAACGGACUGGUCAAAAUAAGGCGCUUUGAUCGCGCAGUUCAGGUGUUCGAUGAUAUGAAAAUGAAGACUAGGGUCCUGCCUGACGUAUUUAUCUACACCGCGGUUGUGAAGAGCUUCUGCGAGAUGAAUAAUUUGGACAGGGCCUGGGAUUUGAUCUUUCAGAUGGAGAGCAGAGAAUUUGGUGCUUCAAGCUUGACUACAUACAACGUGUUGAUUCAUGGAUUGUGCAAGAAUCAAAGAGUUAUGGAAGCGCUGCAAGUGAAGAAUUCCUUGCCUGAAAAAGGCUUGCUGGCCAAUGAAGUGACCUAUUGUACGAUGAUUAUUGGACUCUGCAAGGCAAGGGAGCUGUGUAUGGCAUUGGAAUUGUUGAAGGAGAUGACGGGGUUAGGAUUGGUUCCAACUGAUGCUGCCAUUUCUUUGGUGGUGGACGAGCUUAGAAAGGAUGGUAAAAUACAAGAUGCUUUUGAUUUGGUUGAGAUGCUAGGGAAGAUGGGAAUCUUUACCAAUUUGUUUUCUUAUAACGCGCUGAUCAAUUCUCUGUGUAAAAGUCAGAAGUUUGAAGAGGCUGAAUCACUUUUCAUUGCGAUGAGAGGCAAAGGUCUGCUGCCAAAUGAUGUUACUUACACUAUAUUGAUUGAUUCAUUGUGUAAGCGGGGGAUGCUAGAGAAUGCCCACAUUCUUUUUGAUAAAAUGAAGCAGGAAGGCCUUCAGGUUUCUUUGUAUCCUUAUAGUUCCCUAAUAAACGGAUAUUGCAGGGCAGGGAAGUUGAUCACUGCUGAGACUCUACUGCAGGAGAUCAUGAACAAUGGUUUGGUACCAAAUGCUUUAAUUUAUACGUCCCUCAUAAGUGGGUACUGCAGAGAAGGAAAUUUGAAAGCUGCUUUGAAGCUUCAUUGCCAUAUGCCUGGAAGGGGUGUGGCCUGGAACACACAUUCUUUCACUGCUCUUAUUAGUGGGUUCUGCCGUGCUAAUGACAUGGAGGAGGCAACCAAGUUAUUUGAUGAAAUGGUUCAAGGCAAUGUGAAGCCAAAUGAAGUGACUUACAAUGUCAUGAUAGAAGGGUAUUGCAUGAGGGGAGAUACUGUCAGGGCCUUCAACCUAUAUGAUGAAAUGUUAGCAAAAGGCCUCGUACCAGAUAAUUAUACCUACAGACCACUAAUAUCUGGGUUGUGUAGAACUGGUAGAACAUCUGAAGCCAUGCAACUUGCGGAUGAUAUAUGCAAUGAAAAUAAAAGGUUGAACAACAUUUCCUGUAGUGCCCUUUUCUAUGGAUUCUGCAGAGAAGGAAGAAUAGCGGAAGCUUACCUGGUUUGGAAGCAGAUGGUAGAGAGAGGAGUUCAAAUGGAUAUUGUUUGCUACAGUGUUCUUAUUCACGGAUUUCUUAAACAUCAUGAAUUUUUCUAUUCCUAUAUGCUGUUGAAGGAGAUGGUUGAUGGGGGAAUCAAGCCUGAUCACAUUCUCUAUACCAACAUAAUUGAAACAUAUUCCAGAGUAGGAAAACUCACAGAGGCCAUGGGUUUUUGGAACAGGAUGGUAUGCCAGGGAUUUGCUCCAAAUACUGUCACAUAUACUGUGUUAAUAGAUGGCCUAUGCAAGGCUGGGUUUUCUUGGAAAGCUAAGCUUCUUUGUAAAGAAAUGUUGGGAAACGGUUUCUUUCCAAAUCAUUUUACUUUUGGCUGUUUCCUAGAUCACCUUGUGAGUGAAGGAAACAUGGAAGAAGCUGUAAAUUUACAUAUUGCGAUGCUGAGGGAGAAGCUAGCGAACACAAGUACUUACAAUAUUUUACUAAAGGGCUUCUGUAAAGAAGGGAUGAUUCAAGAUGCCACCAAUCUCUUUGUUGAAAUGAGGAACUCUAAUUUUCUUCCUGACUGCAUAAGUUAUUCAACACUUAUUUAUGAGAACAACAGAAAAGGUAAUUUAGAGGAAGCAUUUAAACGUUGGCAUGAGAUGUUGAGUGGGGGAAUUAAGCCUGACACUCUGGCUUACAAUUUUAUGAUAUAUGGGUGUGCAUUAAAAGGUGAGAUGCAGAAGGCUUUUGCCUUGUAUGAUGAUAUGAUCAGAACUAGUACAAAGCCAAACUCAGCAACUUUUUGCACUCUCAUUCAUGGCACAUCGGUGAUGGCUGCCCGUGUAAAGCGUUUCCCUUGCUUACUGGGUCAUAAUUAUUGUAUAUAAUUUAUUGAGUAUCAAAACCAUUCAAAAUGGGUAUAACUGCUAGAAAGGGUCUGGCUUUGUCUAAUUCUUGACAGUAUAUUUGAAGAACGAAUUUGAGAUGCCACUCCUUUACAACAUUUUGUAUAGAGAAACAUCUCUGUAGAUGAGGCUCUGCAGUCUAAUGAAAAUUGGUUAGCGGCAA